CCCAAGGUGUCAGAACUGAAACAGUUAUUUGAAAGAGGUGUAACCGAGGACUCUGGGAUGAACAGGAAGGAGAGGAUAGCCCGGCGACUUGAUGGGAUUGAAAGUGAAGCACCGCCCGCUCUGGUGCCAGGAGGUUUUGUGUCUAACAGGAUGCUGGAGGAGGAUCCACCGCGGUACACCCGCGCCUCAGAUCCCUGUGAGCCUCGAGUGACGGUGGGGCGCUACAGUCGAGACGACAUGGAGCCACCACAGAAGAAAGUCCUGGUUCCCGGCAGAUCACCUCACGUCAAAGGUGGUGUUGGCACCAGUCGUCCAGAGCCAGUUGUAGUCUACGUUGAUCCAGUAACAUUAUCCACCACCUCGACGCCCACAUCUGGCCCCGCAGAGUCCGCCAGCCUCACAUCUAAGGCUGAACGCAUCGCGCGCUAUAAAGCUGAGCGCCGCCGCCAACUGUCAGAACGUUAUGGCAUCCUCCUGGAUCAGGAGGUGGACACAGAUUACACACCUCGCUACCGGUCCAAACGUGAUGCAGACGCCUCCGAGCGACAAACCGCUGCCAGGCGAGACAAAGACAGAACAGAAACACAAGGACAGGACCCCAGGGUGCCUUACCGCUCUGGAGUGGGCAGGGUUUACAUGACGACACACCCAGAUCCUACACCUGCUGACACAGUGAGUCCCGCCCACUCAAAUCAAGCCCCUCCCACAGCUCCAGAAAGACCUAGCAGAUUCUCCGAGCGGGAGAGAGCAAUGAACAUGGAGAACUAUCGCCGAGGAGGAGCUCAGGAGCGCUCAGUCACAUCUAGAGCUCGGAUGCAGGAGCAGCAUCAGCAUCAGCCCCAACAGAAACAGCACACGCCCCACCAGGAUCCAAGCCCCGCCUCCACCAGCGACUACAGCAUAGCCACAGUGCCAAGCUCUCCACGCACCGCCCGACGAGCAUCUCUACCUUCCACACGCUAUGGCAUCUCACCAGGAGAUCUGUUCAUAGAGCAGCAGGCCCAGAGCAUCCUCAACAGGCAGGGAAUCCGGGUAAGGGACCGAUUGUCCAGGGAUGAGACGCUCCAGAAGCCCCCUGACCAAAGUCCAGACAGGCAGCAGUCAAGCCGACGGUACAGUCAUGGCAGCUCUGCUCAAUAUGCCCCACAACACACAGAGCACCCACAACAAAGGAAUGUUUACCAGCCUCAGCCAAGUCCGGCUCACCAUCCUGCACCCUCCACCUCUGAGUACCAACACUCUGGCCCUGCUAUAGACACCCAACCAAUGGUCAAAUCUUCUGGACCACCGGAGGUCCAACCACGAAGAAGACUGAAUGUCGACCAAAUGCAUGCAGUGCACAAGGAGGCAAGACUGGAGGCAAGACUGGAGGCAAGACAGGUCCUAAAAGAAGAAGCCCACACAGAGGGCCUGCUGAAGAGCAGGAAAGCUGUGCUACCUUCAGAGAUUCGCAAAAGGGAGAAGAGUGUGGACGAUCCUCAGAGAGGGCAGCACGAAGAGACAGACUGGCAAACCCUCAGCCCAGAGAGAAGGAGGAGGAAUCAGGCAGAGGAGGACUUGGAUAGAGACCGGCCAGUGGAGAGAGGGAGGGAAAGAACUGUUCAGAGGAUCAGAGAAAGAAGAACAGAACAUCUCUCCAGUCAUGACGACCAAGAGGAGAGAGUCUUUCGAACUAUACAGCCUUCUCACAUCUCUGUGCACCAGCAACAAAGGCAAGAUCAGUCCAUACAGCCUGUUUACCAUCAAGAGCCCAAAAUGAAGCAACAUGACCCCCCAGUGCAGAAACAGUACGACGUCAGAAGGGUAGAACAUGCAGAUCAAGUUCCGCAAGAACCUCCAAGGCAACAUAACCAUCACUUGAGACUGCCACAAGAAAACCAAAGACCAUCUCAAGAGCAGCAUGUGUAUAACUGGCGUACAAAUAGGCUCCCAGGUAAAGAGCAAGACUCCCAAAUAAAACAUGAGGAGCCUCACUAUGAACGAUCAGCUGUGCAGCAGCAGAGCGCACCGUCACAACAGAGGUUUGACUCCGUCGCCUACCUUCAGAAGGGCUCGUCUGUGCCUCAGGCCAAACACAGAAGCUUGGAAAUAGUCGGAGGGCUCAAACCCAAGAUACGAACCCGCUCCAUGUCAGAUAUUGGUCUGAGCCAACACACUGCCGUGUACCGCGCUGAGAGGCAGGGGGCGGGCCGAGAGGCACCCAGGAUGGUCCCUCCACCAGGAGUGGCUAAUGGGGAGAUGGGGACCCUGGAUACAAGGGUGUCAGUGGCACAGCUGCGACACUCUUACCUGGAGAAUGCCAACAGGAAGCCUGAGUUUGAGACUACUAAAGUGGACGUCUCAGAUAAGGAGGUGGAUCCAGCUAGCAGCACUGAUUUGAACGGAGGGACUCGGAAACCUCGGCGUUACAUCACUCCAGGAGACAGUCGCAUGUCUGAGAGGUUCAGGACUCAGCCCAUCACCUCUGCAGAGCGCUUGGAGUCUGACAGGUCACGUUUAAGCCCACCGCAACUGCAAGAUCUUGAAGCAGAUGAAGAAAAACUGGAUGAAAAAGCCAAGAUGAGUGUAGCUGCAAAGAGAUCACUCUUCAGGGAGUUGGAAAAAACAUCAGAAGGUGGUGCUCCCAAGCCUCGCUCUCGAAAUGCUGCUGUAGAACGACGUCUGAGAAGAGCUCAGGACCGUGCACAAACUCAACCCGUCACCAACAGAGAGGUGGUCAGCGCUUCAAGUGAUCCCACACCAUAUUCACCACCUGAGGACGUUAACGCAGUUCAAGUGUGCAGCCCCACAACCGCCAGAGCCAAUGUGACCAGCUACAGCAUUCAGGCUUCCUCAUCAGUCCAAGAACUCAAGACAGAAGCCUCGGAUCACCAGAAGCCGGGUCAAGCUCUCAGGGCUGGAGGACGCAGCGAAGAUCAGGCGCCCGUCCUGGACGAGCCGGACAUUUCCUCGCUCAGUUUGUCUGAGAAGAUGGCCCUGUUCAACCACCUCGCCCAUUCCACAGCCAAAACCGUGGAGGGGUCUCGAGGGGACAUCCGGAAGCGCAGAGCCAAUACCCGCUUUCAGACGCAGCCCAUCACCCAGGGAGAGGUGGAGCAGGAAGCUGAGACACCAGUAACCUCUGCGGUCUGUAACGGUGACAAUCAGGGAGAACAACUAAAAAAUGGAGGCGAGAUCAAACUGGAGCCGCUGUCGGUCUCCCUGGUUCGAUCGGUGGCAGCCAUCGCCUCACAAGCCUCUGUUGCCACGGUAACCAUGGCGCUACCCAGCAGCAGCGCCAGUGAUGCUCUUUCUCCAGGAAAGUCCACCGCCGUCCCCUGCAGCCCCGCCCAACAGUUGUCCAGCAGCACAAACAUCCACCAGGAGAGGGCACCGAGGUACUUCUCCCUGACUCAGGGGGGGCACCCGGAGCCUGAGCUCAUCUCCCCUCUCCUCCCCGAGAGGAGCUCAGAGAAAGGGGCUCCCACCACCUCCUCAUCCAGUCUCAAACAGCAGGGGGAGGCAGUAGCAGAGGGCUGGAGAGAGCAUCAAGAGGAGGAGGGGGAGGGAGAAGGGAGACAACGGGGAGGAGCCAGAGAAGGCAGCAUUCACUCCUCUGACAGGGACAGGGAGGACAGGCUGCAGCAUCCUCAGCUCACCACCAAGUCGUCUUUGAGGAGGGGGGAGCCAGACCCUCUGCCCAGCAGGGGAGCCACAGCCUCCCAGGAGGGAAGGGAGAAAGGAGAGGAGGCGGGAGGAAGAGGAAAAGGAGGCCACCUGAAAGAUGUUGCAGCUUCCAGCUCACACACACAAGAGCUGAAGGGGAGCAGUGGCCCGAGCCAGGGAGGCGUCUCAGAUUUACCGGAUCAUCCGGGGCCGCUGCAGCCGCUGGUCGCUAAAGUAUCAUCCAGGGCGGUGUCUUAUAUUUCAAGCGGCCCGCAGCGUCAAAUCGUCCAGCCUCCGCCGACCCUCCCCAAACCCCCCUUAUACAUCCAGCCAUCAUCAUACCCACAGCCCCCACCAACAUAUCUCAAAUCCUUCACCCAGUCCUCUCAGACCUCGUCCAGACCUCAGGGCUUCAGCCAGUCUCUCCCCAAGCCUUACCUCCUCACAGCCCCGCAGCCUCAGCCCAAACCCCAGGUGCCUCCUCAGACGGCCCCCAAACCUCAGUCCCUCCCUCAGGCUCUGAACAAGCUUCAGUCCUCUCACCCGGACCACCCCGAGGACCUCAGCAGGAACAGUGUCCAUUCUGGGGACCUGCUGUCCCCCACGGACUCUGGAGACCAACUGUCUGACGGCAUGUCUGCCAAACAGAUGUCCAUCAAGGAGAGAGUGGCUCUGCUGAAGAAGAGUGGUGAGGAGGACUGGAAGAACAGGAUCAACAAGAAACAGGAAGUGGUCAAAGUGGCGUCGACGGAGACGCAGGAAACGGAGCCGAGCGGCCAGAAGACGGAGGAAGGGGUGGUCGUUCAGGACCCCUCUGCUGUGUCUGAGCAGCUCUGGGAGCCUGUCUUCUCCUCCACCUUUUCUCCUCCUAUUUCCCUUGGCCAAAAGUGUCAGUAUAUAGACCAUCAUGGUCAGAAGGCUGAGGAGGAGACUGAGGCCCAGAUGAGCAUCGAAGAGAGGAAACAGAUGAUUUCAACACGUGAGGAUGCCUGGAAGACAAAAGGCAAAGGAGCAGCUAAUGACUCGACACAGUACACGGUCGCUGCACGCAUGGUCAAGAAAGGCCUGGCAGUCUCCUCCUCGGUCAUCAGUCCCAUCCUGUCGCCAGUUUCCACUAAGCUCAAGAGCAGCACGGCUGCUGUCAACAAACCGCAAGAGGAAAUUGAAGCCAGGCCAGACAUGGUGUCGGAUAAGAAACUAGACAAGUUGGAGAGCUUUUUGGGACGUUUGAACAGCAAAGUGGCGGGUUUGCAGGAAACCACCAUAACAGUGACUGAGAAGGCUGUGAAGGAAGUGAUGAAGCUGGACGAUGAGAUCUUCUCCAAGUUCUACAGACGCGUGGCUGAAUUUCCUCGGAUGCCCACCAGGAUCGAGAUCAGCGAAGACUUUGACUCCAUUUUUGGAUCUCAGGGUCCAAAGCUCACGUCAGCCAUGGUGCAACAUAAGCGUUCAGUGCGUCCAUCUAGAAACGUUCAGGCGUCUAGAAACCCGCUGAAGAUGCUGGCAGCAAGAGAGGAUAUCCGACACGAGUACACCGAAGAAAGACUAAACGUUGCUCAGCUGGAGAGCAAGAGAAUGAAGGCUGAGACGAGUCAGUUAAAUAAAACUUCGGAGUACUCCGAGGCGGCUCUGGCAGGUCUGGCCAGUAAGGAAAACUUCAGCAGUGUGAGUCUUCGCAGCGUUAACGUCUUAGAGCAAACGUCCAACAACAGCGCUGCGCCGUUUAAAAACCUCAUGCUGAUUCAGGUCAAAGGCCGUCGUCACGUUCAGAGCAGACUGGUGGAGCCCAGAGCCUCCUCUUUGAACAGCGGGGACAGUUUUGUGCUCGUUACUCCAGAUCACUGCUUCGUGUGGAUAGGAGAGUUCUCGAACGUCAUUGAGAAAGCCAAAGCCAUAGAUUUAGCCACUUUCAUCCAGACGAAAAAGGACAUGGGCUGCAGAGCCAAUCAGGUGCAGACAAUCGAGGAAGCGGUCAACUCUCAGGGUUCUGAUGCUCAGCAGUUCUGGACCAUCCUGGGUGGACAGAUGACUUAUCAAUCGGCUGGUCCAUCAGAAGAGGACGAGCGGUAUGAGAAUGGCAUCGUGGAAACCAACUGCAUCUUCAGACUGGUGGAUGAUAAGCUGGUUCCCGAUGAUGAUGAGUGGGGGAAGAUUCCUCGCACCGCCCUGCUGGCAUCGAAGGAGGUGUUGGUGUUUGACUUUGGCAGCGAGGUGUACGUGUGGCACGGUAAAGAGGUGACUCUAGCACAAAGGAAGGUGGCCUUUCAGCUCGCCAAACACCUGUGGAACGGAACGUUUGACUACACCUGCUGCGACAUCAACCCGCUGGACCCUGGAGGCUGCAACACGCUCAUACCCAGGAAAGGCCAGGGCCGUCCUGACUGGGCCAUAUUCGGCAGAGUGACAGAGCACAAUGAGACCAUCUUGUUUAAGGAGAAGUUUAUGGACUGGACUGAAGUGAAGUCGCCCACCUUGAAGGAAGUUGGAGAGCUUAUACCUGAACAGAAGGAGGCUCCUGGGCGUGAAUGUCGGCCUUACAACGCCUCCCUGAUGCUGCCUGUCCUCCACUCGCCCGUUUCCACCGCUCUGGACGGGGUGAACGUGGGCCGCGGCUACGGCCCGGUGGAGACGGAGGACCACUUGAGGAUCCAGGAGAUCAGCACAGUGUCCGUGGACGUUUGGCACAUCCUGGAGUUUGACUACAGUCGUCUGCCGCGCCAGAGCAUCGGUCAGUUCCACGAGGGAGACGCCUACGUGGUCAAGUGGAAGUUCAUGGUUAGCACUUCCGUGGGUCGCAGGCAGAACCCUGAAGCGAGGAGUAGCGGGCCGGGUAAGGAGAAAUGCUGCUACUUCUUCUGGCAGGGUCGACACUCGACCGUCAGCGAGAAAGGAACGUCGGCGCUGAUGACAAUGGAGCUGGACGAGGAGCGAGGAGCUCAGGUCCAGGUGCAGCAGGGGAAGGAGCUGCCAUGUUUCCUGCAGUGCUUCAACGGAGGGAUGAUCAUCCACGCGGGCAAGAGGGAGGAGGAGGAGAACACUCAGAGUGAGUGGCGUCUGUACUGUGUGCGGGGCGAGGUGCCGGCGGAGGGUCACCUGCUGGAGGUGGCGUGCCACUGCAGCAGCCUGCGCUCCAGAGCCUCCAUGAUCCUCCUCAACAUCCACAAAGCUCUCAUCUACCUGUGGAACGGCUGCAAGUCGCAGCUGCACACGCGCAGCGUCGGGAGCACGGCUGCGCUGAAGAUCAAAGAACUGUGUCCCCUGGAGGCAGGCCUUCACAGCAGCAGCAAGGUCACCAUCCACGAGUGCGACGAGGGAGUCGAGCCUCCGGGUUUCUGGGAGGCUCUCGGGAGGAAAGACAGGAAAGCGUAUGACUGCAUGCUGCAAGAUCCAGGUAAAUUCAACUUUACUCCACGGCUCUUCCAGCUCACCAGCUCAUCUGGGGAGUUUGUGGCUACUGAGUUCUUCCACCCGUCCAGAGCUCCAGAUCUGGUCAGCUCGUUGCCGUUCCUGCAGGAAGACCUGUACAACGCACCACAACCUGCUUUGUUUCUCGUGGAUAACUUCCACGAGGUGUACCUGUGGCAGGGCUGGUGGCCCCAGGACAGCGAGUCCACCGGGUCAGCUCGCAUGCGCUGGGACGCCGACAGGAAGUGCGCGAUGGAGACCGUGCUGCAGUACUGCAAAGAGAAAAAUGAGAAGAAACCACAGAAGUCCUAUUUGAUCCACGCCGGUCUGGAACCGCUCACCUUCACCAACAUGUUCCCCUGCUGGGAGCACCGAGAGGACGUGGCUGAAAUCACAGAAAAAGAGGCAGAGGUGUGUAACCAGAUCAUCCUGGUGGAGGACGUGCUGGCCCAACUCUGUCAGAACAUCUAUCCUCUGACUGAGCUUCAGGCCCGGCCGCUGCCAGAGGGCGUCGACCCGCUCCGCCUGGAGAUCUACCUGUCCGACCAGGACUUCGAGAACGUUUUGGAAAUGAAGAGAGAGGACUACGAACGUCUGCCAGGGUGGAAACAGGUGAACAUAAAGAAAGCCAAAGGAUUGUUUUAAGCUCGUUUGGAACUGAAGAUGACAAGUGAAGACAAGUGAAGACAAGUGAAGACAAGUGAAGACAAGUGAAGACAAGAGAUAUGGGAAGAUAUUUCAGGAAGACCGACAUGAAGGAUGGGGCUGGAGAAUGUCUCAGUUAUGGUCAUGUUUUACUUUUCUCUGUCAGCAUGAAACUAAAUGAAGCCCAGGUGGUGUAUCAGCAGGUAAACAAAUGCCUGCUUUGGUUCAUAUUUACUCUGUAUGUGUCUUUAAAAUCUCCUCCGAGCACUGAAGUCGCCACUUGUGGAAGAAUAAGCUUAGACGCUUGCUGUCAGAGUGCCAUGUUGUGGUGGUGUGUUCGAGUGCGGCUGUAAAUAAUGAUGUUUAUUUGUGUACAUGUGUAUGAACGUGCGUUUGUGACUUUGUAGCCAUGUAAAAACAAACAACGAGGGAAGACGGACGCUUUGUUAAGCUGCAAAGUGACUCAAACUUAAUAAAAACCCAAGAGAUGAGUUGUAACUUAAAGAGGAUGGACAGCGGCUUGAUGACUCUGAAAAUACAGUGCCUUGCUUUUGUGUAC